AAGUAGGAGGAGUGACGCAAAGAAGAGGGGAUGAUCUACCACCGAUACCAUACCGAUGACUUGAGUCGUUUUACAAGGGAUGAUCAUUACAAUUUUCGUCUUCCUCGAGAGAACUUUUUGAAAUUACGUAGCUCGUUGCCUUUGCGCUCUUUAUUGCUUUUUUCAAGUAACCUUUGCGGUUGUUAUUGCUUUUCUUUAUAGUGUAUUUUUUUUUCAACGUUUCGUUUCGAAUUUCGUUUGUGCGUUUUGCAAAGCAGAUUCGAGAAUUUUUUCGAACGACGACAUUUCAUUUGGCUAAUCCUGCAGUGUUUUUAAAAUUCAAGCUAGAAAAGCUCGAAUUAGUUGAACGUAAAGAUGAGGCAGCAACAAGAAUCUUCUUCGUCUUCAUUACCGUCAUCGUCAUCUACCUCCGGCACGACACCAUCGAACCAACCACAAAAUCGGCCAGUAGCAAAAAUUGCAGCGGUCAGUGUCCGGCCAAUUGCACGAGUCAAUAGGCCUCCGGCACCAGAACCAGCCAGCAACAAUGUAUCGAGACCACAACCGCAUCCUCGCCGACUGAUACCUUCAACAGCGUACCCUUCAAGCAGCCAACGUCCAUCUACAGCACAUCCAUGGGGUGUACCGUUUACCAACGUGUAUUCCAAUAUGUUCUUCGGUCCUUCUCUAGCGGCAGCUCCUCAACAGCCCGUUAUAUCGACACCGCAAUCGAUGCAAACUACAGUCCAGAAUUUAUAUUCUCUUCUGCGGCAGCCUACUUCGGGAUCAGCUCCUGCUCCGGCUCCGGCUCGUCAAUCUGCCCUGCAUAGAUUUUAUCCUCCGUUGAGCCAAGUAUCAGUUCCUGCUCCAGGUCAUCAAUCGACAGUCGAGAACUUGAAUACUUUUUUACGGGUUUCUGCCCAAAGAUCAGCUCCAGUUCCAGCUCCGGCUUCGGCUCAACAAUCCAAUGUCCAGAACGUCGUCGUUCCUCCUCCGCGGCAUUCUAUCCAAACAUCAGCUCCGGCUCCGGCUCCGGCUCAUCAAUCCACAGUUCAGAAUUCGAAUCCUCUUUUACGGCAUUCCAUCCAAACAUCAGCUCCGGCUCAACAAUCCAGUGCCCAGAACGUCGCUCUUCCUCUGCGACAAUCUACCCAAACAUCAGUUCCAGCUCCGGCGCUAUCUUCCUCGUCUUCUGGUGUGAGCAGCGCCUCAUUAAAUAACAUCGAGGAAGAUUCACGAUCAGAGGAUUUUGACGCCUUGAUUGACGGUGACACACCUCAGCCCAUUUCGGAAAUGCUUCUCAACGCCAUCGAAGUGAGACCGUACAUGCUGGAUGGAGAAACUCGUAGCCCGGAGGUAUUCGUAGACCAGUUUGAGACGUACGCGGAUUUACUGCUGCUCAACGAUGAACAGGCGCGAGUCUUGUUCGCUAAGCUGGCUUAUGUCAAGGAUGAUUUACGUUUCCAGGCCCUCAAAUUCGAUUCGACUUACGAUGAUAUGAAGAGAAACUUCCUCGAUAUGGCCUACAAAGGCAUUUUAAAACCAUCGGAGAAAAUUUCAAAGAUUGUGGCUCCGAAAAAAUCCGGUUUCAUAAAACGAGUAAGGAAAUUGUUUCGUAAAUAAUUGAACCAGUUUUUUAAUCAAAUUUACGUUCGUAUGUUUUUUUAAAAAAUUUUUAUGUAAAUAUUUUUUAUCUAUUGCGUCGAUUGUUCUUUUUUGUGAUUUUUUCAACCAAAUAAUUGUACCAGUUUUACUAUUUUUUUUUUUUAAACCCAUGUUCGUAUGUUUCUUUUUAAUUUUCAUGUAAAUAUUUUCACUUAUUGUAUCCAUUGAUUUUUUUUUCAUAUUACAAGCUAAGUACUUACUAUUUUUAAGAUUAUAAUCAUGUCCGAGUGAUUGCUGUACCUUACUUAAAACACGAGUGAAAAAUAUACGUAAUCAAUUUUCAAUGUUCAAA